AUGCCACCACGCGCAGCCUUCUUCUGUGACUAUAUUUUUGGGGAAGGUCACAGAAACAGCCAGGAGCGCCGUUGGGUCAGUGGUUGGCAUAGUAACAAGGUCGUUGGCAAUGAGAAUGUGGACAGCCUGCUCGAGAAGGUAGACUGGACGUACCAACGGACGAAGGACAAAGGAAAACGUCUCCUGAACAAACUAGGUAUUAGUGAUUCCAAGACGCUGUGUCUCGGUCCAGAUGGUGUUUAUCCAUACCCCAAGGACUGUUCCAAGUUCGUUAACUGCUGGCGCGGACGUCCCAGCCUCCAGCGGUGCGCACCAGGAACUCUCUUCAACGCGGCCAAGAGAGUGUGCGACCAUCCUCACCAGACGGUGUGUCCACGCAGCCGAGUGGCCCCAAGCGCCGAGAGCGUGUCGUACGUGGUGCGCCUCCCUCAGGUCAGAAGGUCAGACUGGCCGACCUCCUCAGGAUAUGUUCAGAUCGAAGCUGAAGGCCAGUGGUGGCUCGUCACGGACUCGCGGUGGACGCUCAGCGAUGCCAGCGUUGUUUGCCGGAGUCUUGGGUUUACCAGAGGAGCAGCGGCAGCAACGAAGGGACGGACUUUCGGCGUGCUCCCAGGGAACGACGUGAGGCUGAAGCGAGUGGAGUGCCAGGGCGACGAGGAGAGCCUGGGGGAAUGCUCGCUGGAGAGAGGAGUACCCGAGGACGUAAACAAAAAAGUCGUGGGAGUCAGAUGUUACAGGAACUGGGUGUCCGAGUGCGGCCCGCGAGGAGUCCGAUGGGGUACCAAGUGCUAUUACGUGCACAAGUCUUCCCUUUUUACUCACGCCGAAGCCAGGAUGAGAUGCUCCACCCGAGGCGCCAGGCUUCUCUCUAUUACUUCCAAGGAGGAGAAUGACUUCGUGUCGGAACUCUUGUCGGCGGUGGCAGGAGACAGCGAAGGAUUCCACACGGGAGGGGUUCGACAGCAGAUAUUCGACGAGGCCUUCUGGCUCUGGCAGAACACGACCGUUCAGCCUCAGCUUGAACUCUCCUUCACCGCUUGGUGGCCAGGAUGGAACGUGAGUGCAUCAAGCCAGGCUCGUGCCCUGAAUGCCCAGCUCGCCAAGAUCUCGGACAACCCGACUCACUGCAUCACCGUCAACGACAACUUCCCCGUCGAUUCACAGGUCGACGCCCGUUCCUCAGCCCCCGCAGAAUGUAUCGAAGGUCGAGGGGAGACUUAUGAAGGCACGGCAAACAUUACGUCGAAAGGCCUGGUGUGUUUGCCUUGGAGCCACCCAGAAGUUUGGCCCAAAGUUGCUCAUUUUGGAAUAACUCGCGACCUCAGACACAACUACUGCAGGAAUCUUGACGGGGACGAUGAACCUUAUUGCUUCACAGCCAAAGGCACCACGGACUUUUGCGAUAUUCCGAGGUGCGACUGGCGAGAGAGGAACGAGACAGCUGAGGAGACGACAUGCGGGGCAGACAAGUUCACCUGUUCCUCUGGCACCUGCAUUCACCGCGAGUGGCACUGCGACGGCCAGCAGGACUGCGAGGACGGAAGCGACGAGCGAGGCUGUCGGGACUACAGCAAGGAGUUCGUCAAAGUGUUGCGAAAGAGGCUGCAGGGCCGCGAGGUAGAGAAGUGGCUGCACACCGUCAAAGUUGCGUGCGCCUCCAGAUGUGCGAGGGCCAAGAACUUCGUGUGCAUGUCCUUCAACUAUGAACAGUCAACACAGACCUGUAUCCUGAACGACGGCAACAUCGGCGAAUACUACGAGAGGAAGUCCCUGGCUGUCGACUGCACGGAUAAGUUCGUUUGCAAUGACGGCAAAUGCAUCAAUUCGACGCAGAUUAUUGCAUCGCCUCCCCCCCCUCACCACCAGCGCUGCGACGGACGGAAAGAUUGCAAGUUGAGCGAAGAUGAAGUUGACUGCGAAGGUCGACUCAAUUUUGAAGUGAGACUCGUCAACGGGUCUGGUGCUUAUGAAGGUCGCGUCGAGGUCAAAGUGUUUUGGUCGUUGGGGUCCGUUGCGAUGACAUGUGGGGUCUGCCUGAGGGGACGUGGUCUGCCAUCAGCUGGGCUUUCCUACGGAGCUAAGAAUCUUCUUGUGUCGACUCACAGUGAGAAGGAAGAUAAAAAUCUCUUGAUAUAUUCCAGGUUCGGUUCGGGAAAUAGCCAGUACUUGAUGGACGAUCUCAACUGCCACGGCAACGAAGAGAGCCUCGCCGACUGUGAUUUCGCGGGCUGAGAACACGACUGCCAGACGUCCGAGGCUGCGGGCGUCCAGUGCUUCAAGCCGGGAGAUGACUGCGGGCGCCACCAGUGGAAGUGCGGGAAUGGGCGCUGCGUCGGCCUGCAGUACCUGUGCGACACCAUAGACGACUGCAAGGAUAACUCGGAUGAGGUCAGGGACAUGUGUCAGGCCACCGUGGAGGUUCGUCUCGUCGGAGGCGCAGAGGACGCAGACGGGAGAGUGUCAGCUGGGAGAGUGGAGGUGCGCUACCUGGGCAUCUGGGGGACGGUGUGCGAUGACGACUUCAGUUUGGAGGAAGGGCAUGUGAUCUGCCGCAUGCUGGGCUGGGAGGGCGCCGCCUUCGUCUACAAGAACAACUCCUUCGGGCCAGGUGAGGGCCAGGUGUGGCUCGAUGACGUCAGGUGCCUCGGGUAUGAGUCGUCGGUGGCUGACUGCCAACACCUGCCUUGGGGUCAGAACAACUGCGACCACACUGAGGACGUCGGGUUGCUGUGUUCGGAUACGCCGGCGACGGUUUCCGUCGGGUCAGCCCUCUCCGAUCCGUCAGACAAUACCGUCCCCGACCUACCCUCCCUCCCCCUCACGUGCGGGCGGCGGGAGGUCGAGGACACGCCCACCGCGCCCAUGGAGAGGCCGAAGGUCGUCAGCGGUCACACGCCCCCGCCCGGCGCCCACCCGUGGAUGGUUGCCAUUAAGGUACGGACGAAUACGGGGCCAUCGCAGUGGUGUGGGGGCGCCAUCCUGGGGGAGGACCACAUCCUCACCGCCGCCCACUGCGUCUACAAGUUCCCAGCCGAGGCGUACAUACUCAAAGUCGGAGAUUACAACAGCCAUGAGGAAGAGGAAGACGAGCAGCAGUUCCACGUGUCCUCCAUGACCCUUCACCCACAGUUCGACAAAGGGCCUUACCUCAACAACGACAUCGCUAUUCUCACCGUCAAGAGGAAGUCUGGGAAGGGGAUUAGGUUUGGAAAGUACGUGCAGCCCCUGUGCCUGUCCCCCUGCUGGAACUACCCGUCGUACCUGAAUUGCACGGUGGCAGGCUGGGCAGUCCUCGGUCCUGAGCUGGGUGAGUUUGGGACACUCCAAGGUCCUCCAAAGCGCCGCGCUGCCAUCCUCCCGGACUCCACGUGCAGGGCGGACUAUGUCUACGGCCCAACGAGACUAACAGAGGGCAUGUACUGUGCAGGCUACAUGGAGGGUGGAAUUGACACGUGCCAGGGCGAUUCAGGGGGCCCUAUGGUCUGUGUAGUGGAUGGUCGUCAUACUGUUGUUGGCAUCACGAGCUGGGGCCACGGGUGCGCCAGAGCCAAUAAACCGGGGGUGUACACUAAACUCACGAAAUACCUAUCUUGGGUAUACUCUAACAUGCGCUAAUAGGAUAAAUAGUUGUGUAUCCCUUGUAUUUAGACUUACAAAUAAACAGAUAAACACACACAAACACUUGUCGUGAACACUUACAAGGAUUCACCAACAUGUAAGACCCCGAAGGAAGAACGAAUAUCAAAGAAAAGAAAGA